AUGUUCCAUUUUCCAAGGGACCCAAAAAGGCGGCUUCUGUGGCUGGUGCGAGUCAAGAGUGACAAGUGGCAACCGACGAACUCCUCGUGUGUCUGCAGCGCUCAUUUCGAAGCCAGCAGCUUCGAACAGAACCGCGCGGAUGGGUGGAAGAAGCUCAAGCCUAAUGCUGUACCAACGGUGUUCCCAUUCAAAGAACUUCCUAAAGAGCGAAGGCCACCAAGGGAACGAAAUGCACACGUGCCUGCAUUAUUCAGUGACGACGCAGCCGCACACAAUUCUUCACGAGAAGUGAGAAACGUUCUUCCCUCAACUACGCAGGAAUUUUCUCCCGCUGAUUCUUCGUCAGACGGGGAGAUAAAUGAGAGAUUGGCGGCUACGGAAACCAACAAUGCUAAUGGGCAACUUACUUCGACCCCCAGGGAUGCACGGCUUCAAGAAACUGCAAUAGUUACUGCGACCCAACCCCUCGAUUCUGAGGCAGCUGAGCUUAGGAAGAAGAUUGCAGAUCUCACAGCAGCCAAUAAUAAGCUUAGACAACAUCAUAACGAAUCUAAGAACACUGUCAAAAAACUACAGAUGCAGGUACGCAAGCUGCAGAAAGAGGCAACUAAUUUCUCACGAAAUACGAAGUUUUUAAAUGAAGACCAAAUUCGUGCUCUUUCUCGGAACAACAAUCAUGGUAAUUCGUGGUCAGCGCAAACAGUAAAGCAAGGUCUAAAAAUUAAAUUUGCUUGUGGAACCACCGGGUAUGAAACACUCAGAAAGAUUGGCUACCCUCUUCCAUCCAGCAGAACGUUAGCAAGAAGAAUUCAGGGCCUGAAGUUUCUGCCAGGUAUCCUGCAUGAAGUGAUCGACGUCAUGAGGUCGAAAGCAGAGGGAAUGGAGGACGUGGAGAAAGACUGCGUUCUCUUUUUAGAUGAAAUGGAGAUAGCACCCGGAUUUGAACUCGACCGUGGCGAAGACGUGCUUCUGGGAGGAACGACGUUGCCCUCAAAGCCUGAAGAGCCAGCCAAUCAUGCUUUGGUGUUUAUGCUAGGUGAGCACUGGCUGAUGUAG